AUGAAACUUUGUAAUCACAACCAAUGGCUCAGCGUUAGCAAGCAAGGUUUUGAGACCGCUCUACUCGAAUCUAAUAGACUGCGUGCGCUCCUUAGCCACGUAGUUGAUCCUGAUGAGGCCGCACCGAGCCUCUAUGUGUUUAUUGGGGAGCGUACCAAAUCAAUUGCCCUUGAGAAGGCGUUCGGAAUUAGGCGGAGAAGGAUUUUCAAAAGUAAACAGUAUGCUGGGGACGUAAAUUUGCACAUGGUGUCUGGCUCAGAGCGCUCCACGAGACCGGUAUUAGUCGCCGAAGGCGCUCUCAAUACCCGAGGCUUUCGAUAUCACACGACAGGUCACAGCUGUCAUGAGAUAAACAGGUGGCCUCUCAGUAAUUCCGAGUCAUAUUGCCCAGAUGGUCUCGAACAAGCACUCCUUAGCCGUCUACUCCUGCCCUUCACAGACGUUUUCUGCUUCUUUGCUUCGGAUUUGGGAGGGUUUCCGACCCUUGCGCGUCACCUUGGCGGGUGGCUUCGUAACAAAAGCGUUUCAAAAACACCGCCUCUGACGAAACCGACGGUCAUUAUUGUCACUGACAAGAUGCCCCCGACAUCUCAGAGGGAAAGAGAGGCGAAGAAAGCGUUCCUCUGGUUGUUGAAAGAGCAGAGGGCACAGGAUGACUUAUUUGACCUUAUAUCUGACCUCGAAGUUGUUGCAAUCCGCCCCCCUCGUACUCUAGGCCCCUCCCCUGACUGGAAUCGACUGAAGAAGAGGUUAUUGAUGGCGUCAAAUAGGGCGCGAAAACAUAGAGUUGAAAUGCAAACGCUAUACUCUAUGACUCACCUAGUGGCGUUUGUCGAGGCAGCGUGCAAGCACUUUUCCGAAUUCCCAACACAGCCAUUUGGUUUCAUUCAAGCCUCUCGUAUGCAGAAUCCAGCAGCAUUAGACCUGAAAACCCACCUUGAAAACCUCAUCCGACACUGCGGAACGCCAGAGGAUCUGAUCAAUUUUGCUGCUCCGGUAGUUGCUUCGAGUUUCCUUUUAGACAGCUAUCCCCCAGAUUGCCAUAUGUUCGACCCGCGACACCUCUUCCAAGAAAUAUACCAAGAAGCUCUUAAUGACGCUCUUGGUGAGCGUGUCAUCUCUUUCGAGUCAUCAUCCAAGGUGAUCUUACGGACAGGAGUUUUGAACACGAUUCAGACCCACCUGAUCCAAUAUUUUCAGGCGUUGACUUCAAUCACCGGUGCCUCUAGUGCGGCUAUCCAUUUAACAAACCUUCAAAGAUACAAGGACAAAUGGGGCCAGAUUUAUAGUAAGGAUACUUGCUUCUCUUGUAUCUGCCGAACUCCACAAUAUUGUUUCCCCUGUGGCCAUUUGGUGUGUGAGACCUGUUUUCAAAUUUUCGGGAAAGUAACACCGAGUGAACCAUGGGUCUAUCGAGUUGAUUCGUGCUUUCUCUGUACAGUAAAAUGGGCAACGGAUAUUGUCUUCACGGUGAAAGCCCCCACACGUGGAGUGAGUAUCCUGUGUCUCGAUGGUGGAGGAACGCGGGGCAUUAUUCCUUUAACUCUGAUGAAGAGGAUCCAGGAACAGAUCGGUCUCCCCAUACCGAUUCAGAAAUAUUUCAAGCUCGUCGCUGGUGUUAGUUCAGGAAGCAUCACGGCGUUGGCCAUGUACCAUAAGGGUUGGCCCAUAGAUAAGUGUAUCGAGUCUUUCCUGAAUCUUGCCAAAUCUUCUUUCAAACAGGAGAACACCCUCGGCAUCCCUCUUAUAUCAUGGCUGAUGAGGAUGUUCCGAUUUUAUACUCAAGACGGACUCUACAAACCUGAAGGUCUCGAAUCGGUCUUGCAGCAAACUCUCGGACUAGAAACAAAGAUGCUAGAUUGUUCCUAUGCCACCCAACUAGGGGCAAAAAUAUGCGUGCUUGUGGCGACGACACUGAAGAAGCCGUCAUGCCGCAUGUUUGUGAAUUAUGUUAAAGGCCAGCAAUCCAUUGAGAACUAUGAAAACACGGAAGAAGUAGGGACAAACGUUCCACUCUGGGAGAUUGCGAGAGCCGCGUCUGCCGCUCCGGUAUUCUUCCCUACCAAGCGUAUUCCCGAGAUAGGUACAUUCCAGGAUGCUGGUCUUCUCGCAAACGAUCCGGUCGCCACGGCUUUCUCGGAAGCGGCUAUCUUGUACCCGUCGACGUCAAUCGAUCUGAUUUUAUCUCUUGGCACUGGGAAGCUUCUGAAAACUGCGUACGACCAAUUACCUGGAGUUGCCGCUUCUCCUGCGAGUGCUGCGUUCAGGGUACGAGAUUUAGUCUGGGAAAAAUCGAGGGAUCAGCAAGUUCGGCAAGUGUUUGCCCAUCAUUCGAGAUACCAUCGGCUCGACCACGAGGUCGACCACGAUUAUGGUCUUGACGAUAUAAGUCAUAUGCUUGAGCUUAAGUCCGAUGUCGAGCACAAUACUUCACUAUCGGAGUCAAUUGAUCGAGUUGCUAGGUGUGCAGUUGCUUCACUAUUUUACUUCGAACUAGGGGAUUUACCGACGCGAAGGAAUGGUAGAUAUAUUGGUACCGGCCGCAUUCUAUGCUCUAUCCUAGGGAAAGACCCGGAAUUUAAGAUACUACUCACUCAGCUUGCGUCCCGCUAUGCCCAGUUCCAUGUUAACGGCGAACCAAUCCCUGGGGAUUGGUGUGAUCCAAGAUCUCUCGACUUGGAUGGAAACUUUUGCAGAAUCGUUACGCUGAAGACUGCUGAGCAAAUUAGUGUUACCCUGCGAAUGGGGAAUGCAUCGACCGAGACUCAUAUUAGUGGAUUGCCGUCAACGAUCGGCAACCUUAUAAAAGCCCAGGGUUUUAAUGCUUACUUUGGGACUAGAGAUCACCGAAAAAGGAAGAGACCCGCAGAAGAAAGUCUCACCGCUGGAAAGAGGAUGAAAGUCUCGAGUGGAACUCGUACCUAUGGGACUCGGCUAUCGGUCGACAAUCAUGUAUCUAUCAUCUGA